CAUUAAUCGACGGAGCAAGUUAACCUCUGAGUGAGUUUGUAACAGAGUCUGGAAUUUUCUGCGAACUUCGAAGCUCUUCGGCGACGCUUAAGUAGCUUUGAUUCUGGGAUCCUGUGAGGUUUCCAUAGAUAGGCCAACAAGUUUACACCUGUGCCGAGACGGAAGUAUGUCAGCAGUGGUUUUGGUUGGCUUGGUCCGGUUUGGAGCGACCCAAGUGAGAAGGCAGGCCCUCCGCACUGCAAUGACUCUGCAAGACAGCCGACACCCCUUUCAUGGACACACACCCUCCUGCCUCAGUAACUCCCGGUUUGACCCGGAUGGAAGCGGCCGGCCCGCCACAUGGGACACUUUUGGUAUCUGGGAUGACCGUAUUGACGAGCCCAUACUGCUUCCACCCAGCAUACGGUACGGUACCCCCAUUCCAAAGGUGAGUCUGUCCAACGUGGGCAGCGCCUCGCAGAUAGGACAGCGCAAGGAGAACGAGGAUCGCUUCUGCAUCUCCCAGCUUACUGAUAACAUUCUGUACUUCGCCGUGUUCGAUGGCCACGGGGGACCACUGGCAGCGGACUUCUGCUACAAGUAUAUGGAGAAGUACAUCAAAGACUUGGUUGCUAAGGAGAGUAACCUGGAGCUGGUGUUAUCAAAAACAUUUUUAGAAGUUGACAAAGCGUUGGAGAGACAUUUACACUUCUCUGAUGAUGCCUCCCUGCUGAACUCGGGCACCACAGCCACUGUGGCCCUGCUCCGAGAUGGCAUCGAGUUGGUGGUGGCCAGCGUCGGGGACAGCCGCGCCCUCCUCUGCCGCAAGGGCAAGCCCCUCAAGCUGACGGUGGAUCACACCCCUGAAAGGAAGGACGAGAAGGAGAGAAUCCGGAAGAGUGGGGGUUUUGUGACAUGGAACAGUCUCGGCCAGCCACAUGUGAACGGAAGGCUCGCUAUGACUCGAAGCAUCGGGGACUUUGACCUGAAGAACACGGGGGUCAUAGCCGAACCGGAGACAAAGAGGAUAAGCUUGCAUCCCGCCCAUGACUCUUUCCUGGCACUGACCACAGAUGGGAUCAACUUUAUCAUGAACAGCCAGGAGAUCUGUGAUGUCAUCAGCCAGUGCCAUGAUCCCAAGGAGGCGGCCCAGCUCAUUUCUGAGCAGGCACUCCAUUAUGGCUCAGAGGACAACGGCACCGUCAUCGUGGUCCCCUUUGGAGCCUGGGGGAAGCACAAGAGCUCCGACGUGCGUUUCUCUUUCAGUCGCAGCUUCGCGUCCAGCGGACGGUGGGCGUGAGUGAGGCUGGCAGAACAGCGGUGGGUGGUGGAGAGAAUUGCAGUCCAGCACCCUUCACUGGAAGCUGAGCAGGAAAGAAAAAAAAAACUCAGUAAUCCAUAGGCAGGUAGAAAAUGUUCAGGUGGGUGUGUGGAGAAGAUUGUAAAAAUGUAGGGAACACUUUUCAUAGGAGUUUGUACAGCAGACAGUGGAACCCAGUGGUAAAAGGAUCCCACCUCUCAGUAUUCUCUGAAGAUUCAUGGUGUUCUAGGGCAAAAUAUUAAGGGCACUGUGUAUAAAAACGAAAACUAGGUCCAAUGUUGGAAAAACUCCAUAUGCGUCAUGCACUUUCCCCCAGGAUGCCAUUAAUCUGAGUAACAUGUUUAUUUAACAUUAUUAGUUUAAAAUACCUUGCUGGACUUUUUUUAAAAGCCCAGUUUGAGUACUUCAGCUGGGAAGGAAACUGGCAGUUGAAUUUCACUGAAGGAAGCUACUGGGUAUGUGUUUCAGAUAUCAGACUUUAACAUAGGAAUUCACUGUGAGUCCUCAGUCUCUGCCCCAUUCCUGGUGUUGCUUUGCUGUCUGUCAGAAUAAGACAUUCUCUGUUGUUGGGGCCCAGCAGAUGUGUAACUCUUCACUGAUUCCAUUCCAGUGCUGCUUGUGUUCACACAUUUACACCCAAUCAAUAAAAUGUGUAUAUGUAAUAUUUUGGGCUAUUUGUUGCUUUAUGUUUUGACUGACAUGUUUGUACCUUGGCAGUACAUUACAGGAAGCUGAUAAAUUUAUUUCAAAUAGCUUCAAUACCGUUGUAGUUCCAGUCAAUGUGUUAUAUGUAAUUGUGUGCUCCUGAAAGUACAGUAUACUUCAUUUUUGUAUGUAAUUUUAAGCUUUCCUUUGUAUGUAUACCUGUUUUUUCUAAACAUGUUUCUGGAACAGUCUUCACACAUGCUGUAUGAGCAGAUGGGAAAUGCGCAAUGUCUUGUGUGUGAGACACUUCUGAAGUGCAAUGAAAAGCUGUGAAGACCUUUCCUGGUGUUAAUGCCAUUCAAUGUGAAUCACUUUAGUCAUUAAUUGCUUCUUUUCCUUUUGUAAAUACCUGUUAAAAUGUUGGCUACUUUGCUACAUAUUGAUGUUUGUUUAUGGAUAAUCUGGAGCUCCAUGCUAUCUCAUUUUGCCUGUCUGGCUGUAAUCCACCCAUUGUUCCCAUAGUCAGUCUUCCAGUGUGAGAAUUGUUUUACUUAAAGUGAUGUGUAAAAGUAGACUUUUAGUCAUGCUGUGCUUGUUGCUUUUACUGCAGUUUAGCUUUGUUCUGGAAAGGUGUGUUACAGGAUGGUACUGCACUCCAUGAGUGUGUCCAUGCAUGUGGCUGGAUUAGUCUUUUUGUUAAUAAAGAUAAAAACAGGGA